ACAAAUCUACACUUUGCUCACCUCGUGUUUGCCUCAACCAUUCUGCUGGUAUCUUUUAACUUUAAAAACAUACAUAAUCAUUUCAUCAGCAAAAUAAUUACAUAAUAAAUUAUGACAGAUAAUUAUAUAAUAAUCAAUUGUAUAUCCUAAAAAUAAAAAAAGCAUUACUUGACAGUCCCUUAGCAGCCUUCCAGGCAGGCAGGUGUUUAAUUGUCAGACGGCCCCUGAGUAGGUGGGAGUUUCUCUUGUUUCUUAGUACUGGAGGAAAAAAAACACACAGCAGCUGCAGCAGCACUCCCAUCAUCACCAGCAGACUGCAGCGAUCAGGAAGCUUUCUGAGGUAUGGUCCAGUGCUGAUGGCCCACUCUGAGCUGUUUGUGACGAGAGCGCCCCCUGUGGAGGGGAGAGCUGUGGAGCUGGAUGUCCUGAGCUUCCUAGACUCUUUAGGGGAAGAAAACAGCACCGCGGAGAGAUGCUACCGCUCGCACUCCCGCAGCAGCGUCCUCCAGGGUCUGCCGUUUGGAGGGGUACCCACGGUCCUCGCCAUCAAUGUCGUGCUCUGGAUGUUCCUGUUGCUCAUCUUCUCCUGUCUGAGGAAGGCUGCGUGGGACUAUGGCCGCCUGGCUCUGCUGAUGGAGAAUGACAGUCUCACGUCCCUGUUUUAUGGAGAACCAAGUGAGAAAGAGAAGUCUCCGUCAGAGUCCAGCCCUUCCGACUCUGAGACCAAGGACCUGGGCUUCUGCUCGUGGCUCUCAUCACUUUACCAUAUGAAGGAUGACGAGAUCCGUAGCAAAUGCGGCAUCGACGCCGUCACAUACCUGUCCUUCCAGCGCCACAUCAUCCUGCUCAUGACGGUGGUUUGCCUGCUGUCUUUGGCCAUAAUCCUGCCGGUCAACUUUUCCGGGAACCUCCUGGGAGACAGCCCUGAAAACUUUGGAAGAACAACACUGGCUAAUGUUAGCGCAAAGGACAGCUUUCUGUGGCUCCACAGCAUCUUGGCUCUGGUCUACUUCAUCAUCACGUUGCUGUGUAUGGCUCACCACUUGAUACGGCUGGAGUACAGAGAAGAUGAGAAGGUAGCCAGGACACUGAUGAUUACCUCCAUACCAAGAGAGAUCUCUGACCCAGGACUCAUCACCAAACACUUCCAUGAGGCCUACCCCAGCUGUACUGUCACUGAUAUCCGUUUCUGCUUUGAUGUCCACAAGCUGAUGAGGCUGGACUUAGAGAGACGCAAGGCAAUGAAAGGCAGGCUGUAUUUUGCCACAAAGGCCCAAAAGGAGGGGAAGAUCAUGAUCAAGACCCAUCCGUGUGCUCAGAUAUUCUGCUGCGACAUCUGCGGCUUUGAAAAGGUGGAUGCAGAACAGUACUACAGUGAGUUAGAAGAAAAGCGGACAGACGAGUUUAACGCUGAGAAGAACCGCAUCUCCAUGAAGAGGCUCGGCAUCGCCUUUGUGACUUUUCGCGAUGAGAGGAUGACUGCUGUCAUUGUGAAGGACUACGGUUGUGUGCGCUGCCGACGCAUACCCCAGCAGUCCAGCAUCACCACUGUGGUGCAGUCACACAAAUGGGGGGUCAGCUACGCACAUGCUCCCCAUGACAUCAUCUGGGAAAACCUGUCAGUGUGCGGAUCUCGCUGGUGGCUCCGAUGCGUCCUCCUCAACAUCCUCCUCUUCCUGCUGCUCUUCUUCCUCACCACUCCCGCCAUCAUCGUCAACACAAUGGACAAGUUCAACGUCACAAGGCCUGUGGACAGUCUGCAGAGUCCUGUCAUCACCCAGUUCUUCCCAACCCUCCUGCUGUGGGCCUUUUCGGUGCUCCUGCCCUUCAUCGUUUACUACUCAGCCUUCUUCGAGUCCCACUGGACCAGAUCUGGUGAGAACGAAGUAACGAUGCACAAGUGUUUUUUCCUGCUGGUCUUCAUGGUCAUCAUCCUGCCCUCGCUUGGUCUGUCCAGCUUGGACUUGUUCUUCACGUGGCUCUUCGAUGUCCACUUCCUGGAUGAGAAGGAAGUCAAAUUCCAGUGUGUGUUUCUCCCUGACAACGGUGCAUUCUUUGUAAACUAUGUGAUUACAUCCAGUCUGAUUGGCACGUCUAUGGAGCUUCUUCGUAUCCCAGCGCUGACGGUGUAUGCCUUCCGCCUCUGCUUCGCCAAGUCCCAGGCUGAGCGCAUUCAUGUCAAACGGAGCCAGGCCUAUGAGUUUCAGUUUGGCCUGGAGUACGCCUGGACCAUGUGUAUCUUUGCAGUCAGUAUGACCUACAGCAUCACUUGUCCCAUCAUUACACCCUUUGGUCUGCUCUAUGUGAUCCUGAAGCACAUGGUUGACCGAUACAACAUCUACUAUGCAUACGUCCCCACCAAACUCAGCCAGCGGAUCCACAGAGCAGCCAUCAGCCAGGUCAUCCUGGCUCCCAUCCUCUGCAUGUUCUGGCUGCUCUUCUUCUCUAUGCUCAGAUUAGGACCCAUGCAUCCCAUCACCCUCUUCACCUUAGUGUCCCUGCUCUCCUGUAUCGCCAUUUCCCUCUUCCGCUUGUGCCUUAGGAAGCAACCAGACAAGUCGACGAGCUACCAGAUGUCUGAUCAGCCAGCAGAGGGGACGUUCACUGACGGAGACAGGAGUACUGUAACAUCCACCACGGCCUCCAGUCUGUUUGUGGCGUCCGUCCUGCUGGAGCCAGAGCUGGCUUUGACUCCCAUGCCCUCCCCGGCCCACCACAGCUACGGCGCCAUGGCCAGCGCCCAGAGUUCAAGCCACGAUCCGGCGGAGGAAGAGGAUUGCGAGGAAGGCCACUCCCAGACCCAUGAGACUGAGCUCCAAGACCCCCCAGAUCCCUACUGCUCCAGCCCACUCAUGGACAGCCCCGUGGGCUUCCAGUAACACCAAAUCCCCCACGCUGAUUCCACGUGUCCUUCACCUGGGAUUGCUAAAUGCUGCAGUGCUGCAUUUUUGCUUCUGACCUCAGACUCCAACUUAGCUGCCUCAGACCCUGAGACCAGACUGGGCUUGUUAGAAAGGAUGAAGAAUAGAAAAGAGGAACGAAUAAAGGAGCAGGAUCCAUGUAAACAUAAAUAUAUAGACAGCAGUUUGCCUAAACAUCUUCUGAACCUGUCUGAUUGACACAAACAUUAAUCUCUACAGAAGAUACAUCCCUAAAUGUACAGAUUAUUUCACUUAAACUAUUGGAUGCUCCAUGACAGGGAUCCCAGCUUCUUCUAUGGCUUCAUUUGCAAGUUAAAAAGUAAUGAAAGUGACUUGGGUGGAAUUGCCUUUGGGUUGCUAUCAGAGAUACUCUGCCCAUGCUGUGCCACUUGGACAUGAGUGGGGGUGAAAGUUCCCAUCAGUGUGGGUGGUGUGAGCAGGCUUGCCCCAGCAGACUGACAGAGUGGUCUGGGCACGGGUGAUAUCUGGUUCCUCGGCGGCAGAGCUCGGGGAGGCUGAGGGUGAGGGCAGCUAGUUGUGAAGCCAUCUGCAGUGAGAGAGCAGACAGACGGAGGGCCGAAUGUAACUCAGAGAUGUACUGUAAUAUAUGUACACUCGCUCCAAGGAGGCACAAGCAGCUUGACUGUACCUGAAGCUUGUUGUAACUAUUAUCAAUUUAAGGUUGCUAUUUUUGCUACAGUAUUUUUGGUGUCCUUGAUAUUGUGCUUUGGGUUGGGGGCUACUGGAGAUUGGUUAAGGAUUUGCAGAGCUGUCCCGUCUUAAUCAGACUAUUCCCUUAUUAUGCUGUUUUAACUGUAUAUGUGAUCCGACUCGAUUUUUAUUUAUAUAUUAUAAAGGAAUAGUUCAACAUUUUGCAUAUGCUAGUUCGCUUUCUUGCCGAGAGUUAGAUGAGAAGAUUGAUAUGGUAUCAAUCUUCUCGUCUAUAUCUCAGCAAGAAAGCAAAUAUGUUUCUUUCCCAAAAUGUAGAACAUUUUGAAGUCUAUUUUCUGUCAUUGCAAGACAACAAUAUUGAAAUCUCUGGAGGAAAUUAUUUAUUUUUAAUUUCGAUUAUGUGAAAUACUGUGUUACUGCUGAAGCCAUUAUAUAUUUAAAAAAAAAAUAAUUUGUUACCAUAAUGGCUCAAAAUCAUUUAUUUUUAUUUAUUUAUUUGUUUAGUGGUGAUCACAGUUCUGUACUAAAAUAAAAGUUUUUUUGUCCCAAAUACAAACAGUAAAAUUCAAGCACUACCACACUGUACCAUUUCAGUUGCAUUAACCUAUUCUGUGUGACACUCCAAAGCAUGUUGACUAUGUUGUAUAAAUGAGGUCAAGUUUCACAUGUGCUAAUCUCAUUGUUUUACAGUCAGUCUGUGUGUUUCUAAGUUUUAUUUCCUCGUGGAAGGAUAAAUGUGUUUUUUUUCUUCUCAUGAAACUGAAUGUAAACAGAUUGUAGUUUGUUAUUCAUGUCUCUUGCUGUGCCUUGAAAAAACUCUCCCUUUCGUGUGACAAUCCAGCAUGGCCUGAAAUAUGCUGCAUGGACUGAAAACUAAAGAGCGGAAAAACAUCUAAGAGAUAAAAAACAUACUGUAACAACAACAAAAACAAAAACAACCCAGAGUAGUGGUUUUCAUUCAACAGGCAAUGAGUAGUUCAUUUUGUCAGUCAGCAGAAAAGCAGUAGGCUCAUUCCACUAAGAUUUCACACAAGGACCACUUACUACCUUUUUGUGGAGCUUUCAACCAUAUAAAACGGUAUUCAGCUGCAGAUUCGUUUGUUCAGAUGUCAUGGGACUGUAGAUGUUCGAACUUUCCACUAUUCUGUGCAGGUUUAGGACUUUUGGCCAUGAUUUACAGUUCAUUCACGACCAUGUUGAGAAAACAAUCUCUACUCAAGGUCCACUUACUUGCGUUUUCUGGAGCUUUUAAAGGUCCCAUAUUGUGUUCAUUUUCAGGUUGUAUUUUUUGUUUCUACUAGAUUUUAGAUCUAGGUUUACAUGCUGUAAGGUUGUAGGGAAAUGGUAUUGGUAACAGUGGUAACAAUUGUAUGGUAACAAUAUUUAGAUAUUGUAGAUUUGUGACAUCACAAAUGGACAGAAAUCUUGACAGCUUUUAUCAAAGGCACUGAUUCUUAAUACGGGCUGUGCGCAUUUCUCUGUGGAUUGAGCGUUUCGAUAUUUCAUAAUAUUUACAUAGCAGUUAAACCUGCUUUAUAAUAGAAAAGACAUGAAAAUCUCACCUUUUACAAUAUGGGACCUUUAAGAGUAAACUAUAAUGGUGAAAUUGUGCAGCAACGUGGACACGGAGAAGUCCUAAAGAUGCCCAGAAUAAUAGAAAGUUUGAAUGUCUACAGAUCCACAGAUCUACAGCUGAUCAAACUUCAUCUGCUGAUGAAGACCAUGUGAUAUGAUCAAAAGCCCCGGAACAAGCAAGUGAGUGGAAGUGGAACUGCGUAGUGAUUUAUUUUCCUUAAGGUCAAGAACUGUCAACUGUAAGCUAACAUACUGUGUGUCUUUUCAUCACAGCAGUCCCGUUGCUUCUUUAAGGUGUUUUGUAUCGUGGCCUUGUUGUUGAUUUCAAUCGAUAUCUUUUCAGUUCUCAGCUGUUGUAUUCUUUUAUCAUACAGAUCAUAUAAGCUGUGGGGCCAAGCUCUCUGUAGAGGAUAAAACAUCUUUGAAAGUUGUUUAUGCAGUGUCAAUCCCUUGAUUUCCCUUAAGGUCAUUUUAAUACUAACAUGAUUGAUUAACAGUAACAGUUCAGUAAAUCUAUUCUCAGAACAGCUGUAGAGCUUGUUGUUGUUCAGUCCUGUUGUUUACGUCCAUUCUGUGUUCUGUAUGAGAGAGUUUAUUAGAGUUCAAUCAUACACAAUCAUAGGCCUGUAAUAUGACUUUUUUUUCAGCUGUAUUUUUAUAAAAUUGAUGGCAUAUUAUUCCAUAAAUCCAUUUUUACAAGGAAUCCAGCUCUAGUCUCUCAUGCUGAAUAAAACAGAUGAGAGCUGGCAGCAUAGAGAGAAUCAUGAAAUCUUUUUGAGGAAAAAAAACAAACAUCAAAGAGUAUCUCAAAAUUUCUGUCUGUGAACUUCCAGCACGUCCUGUGGGUUUCUCUUCCAGAAGCUUGUUUCACAGAUCAUUAAACGUACUUUCCUUUGAAAAAUACAAAAUAAAACUUAUUAGGGUAUUCUUAGCGCUAAUGGCCAUGCAAGUAGGGAUUGUUCAUUUUCAUGCCUAACUAGUUUUAUUGUAUCCUGUCAUGUCUGUUCAUAUACUGUCGGCUUGGCCAUCCACGGUCUAUUUGGAGGUACAUUAGCUUUCCAGACAUGUCCACCGGUUUUUGCUCUUGGUUAUGAAAUAUGUGCAUCAUACAGUACUUUAUUUCAUACAGUAUGUGAGCCUGCUGUAAAUGUGGGUUGUUUUAUCUCCCAGAAAGUUGAGGUUAAGGGAAAGACUGCGUUUGAAAUUGAUCUCUGUCAGGAUAACGAGUUUUCAUCUGUCAAAAGUGAAGUGCUGUGAUCUGAAAUUAAAAUUAAUUCAGCUCAAUCCA